GAGCCCAAAGUGGGGAGCCAGAGAGGGGGGAGCGCUGCCAUUGGCAGGACCCUCAACAGCCUGGAGAGGGGCAGGGGGGACUCCUUGGAGCUCCUGCAGCCCAGAGCAGAGAAUGAGGGGAGAAGGGACCCUGGGACCCGAAAAACCCCUGGCAUCCCUAAAUGGGGAGACCGAGGAGGGGGAAACAUUUCGGAUUCCUGUGAUUCACAGCAGCCUGGGGAGGACAGGGACCGAGGAGAAGGGAGACCCACAAUACGAGUGUGACACUGAACAGCUGGGACAGGGAGGAAUCCCCAAAGACCAAAGUGGAGAGACCAGAGAUGGGGAUCUCCUGGGAGAGUUUUCAGGGAUGAAUCUUGGUAUUCUGGAGGAUUCCAUGGACCCCAGAUGCUCGGUGACUUCCAGAGAUGGACUUGGGCAGAGAGACCUUCAAACUCGACAUGCUCAUCCCUUGUUUUCCCCCAAACCAGGAUUUCCCAUUUCCAACCCUUGGCUGGAUGGAGAAGGCGGGUGCAAGGACGAGGAAGAUGCCACGGGACACCCAGGCAGACAAGGAGCUGCAGAUGGAGGCCAGGGAGGAGAAAUCCCCGUGGCAGAACCUUGUGGAAGAGGCCGUUUUGUGCAGCUCCACAGCACAGGAAUCAAAGGGGAAAGAAAAUCCCCGGAGACCCCACACAAGGAGGGGCUGCAAACGUAGAUUGCAGAGAUCUGAGGAGGAAAGACCCAACCUGGGCCAGGAAGGUGGCCAGAAAUCGGGCCAGAGCUUGGACCUUGUGGUCCAUGACCAGCUUCAUGAUGGGGACAAGCCCCACAAGUGCUUGGAGUGUGGGAAGAGCUUCAGCUGGAGCUCCAGCCUGAUUCAGCACCAGAGGACCCACACAGGGGAACGGCCAUUUGAGUGUGGGGAAUGUGGGAAGAGCUUCAGAGUCAGCUUCAGCCUGAUCCGCCACCAGAUUAUCCACACUGGAGAACAGCCCUACGAGUGUGGGGAAUGUGGGGAGAGCUUCAGCCGGAGCUCCACCCUGAUCCGUCACCAGGUGAUCCACACUGGGGAGAGGCCCUACGAGUGUGAUCAAUGCAGGAAGAGGUUUAAGCUAAGCUUUAGUCUCCUGGUGCACCGCACGCACACCGAUGAGAAGCCCUUCCACUGCUCCGACUGUGGGAAGGGCUUCAGGCAAAACUCCCAUCUUGUCAGGCACCGGCGCAUCCACACUGGGGAACGGCCCCACGAGUGUGAGGAAUGUGGGAUGAACUUCAGCCGGAGCUCCCACCUGAUCCGCCACCAGAGGAUCCACACUGGGGAGCGGGCCUACGAGUGUGGGGAAUGUGGGAAGAGCUUCAGAGAGAGCACCAACCUGAUCCAGCACCGGAACAUCCACACUGGAGAAAGGCCCUACAAGUGUAGGGAAUGUGGGAAGGGUUUCAGCCAGCGUGCCAACCUGGUCCAGCACCAGAACAUCCACACCGGGGAGAGGCCCUAUAAGUGUUCAGAGUGUGGGAAGGGGUUUCGGAUCAGCUCACAUCUCCUCGUGCACCAUCGGAUUCACACAGAGGAGAGGCCCUUCCGCUGCCCCGACUGUGGGAAGGGCUUCAUGUACAACUCUCACCUCAUCAACCACCAACGGAUUCACUCAGACGAGAGGCCCUUCCGCUGCCCCGACUGCGGGAAGGGCUACAAGCACAAUUCCACCCUGAUGACCCACCGGCGCAUCCACACCGGAGAGAGGCCGUACAAGUGUUCCCAGUGUGGGAAGAGCUUCUCACAGCGCUCAGCCCUGACUGAGCACCGACGGAGGCACCGCUAAGGGAAGCCCUGCGAGUGCCCCGAUUUCAGGAA